UGUCGAGGAGUAUAUAUAUUAAAGAGAGGGACUGCAUCAUUAUUUCAAUCCGCGCCAUUCUUUGAUAGCGCGUUUGUGCUUGCCAGGGCGUUUGCGUCGAUGGCAUCGUUCGCACGGUUUGUCACGUCAUCUUACUGACCUUGCAAUGGUGUAGCACAAACACCGAAUCGCGGGUUUUGCUCGACACUUGUAGUUGCAAUUCGGGAAUCGGUCGACAGCGCGACAUGACUGGUGCCGGGUUUGCCUUGUCGGCGGUGAUCGUGCUUUUGAGUGCACUGGGUCGUGUCGUGGGAUCCGCCGUACUUCUGGAGGAACAUCGCGUCUACUCGUCGUCACAGAAGUACGACUACGUCGGGGGCGUCGAUGUCUACUGCUGGGAACCACGACACAAUGCCCCGAGCUACUUCGAUGUCUUCAGGACAGCCACGGUCAAGUUUUCCGUCGCUCCCAAUGACCUGCAACUGUUCACCGGUGAAGAUGAGCAGACCGUGCAGCAGAAGUACUUCCACAGUGGCGUCGAUUUUUCCUUUUUGGCGACGAAAUUGCAGCGCAAGGUGAGCUUUCUGAACAGUCGCCACCGCCGCUGCUUUGGCGUGUUUUCGAGAGACGCUUACGAGUUCGCGUUCGUGCUCAGCGUCAACCAUCCGGGCAUUGCUCAGUUCUGCUUCGGCAUCGUCGCUUUCUUCGUGGCCCCCGUCGUUUCCCGUAGAGCUGCCGUUUUCUACACCUGCGGCACCAGCAUCGGCGUCUUCGUGUUCCCUCUGAUUGCGGUGUUCCUCGUGAGUCGCUUGCUCCCGCGCAGGGCCGCAGGUGUCGCCCUCGUGCUUUGCGGCUGGUCGCUGGUCGUGUCGUGGCUCGAGUUCCUCUGGUCAAACGUGCAGGACGUCGUGGACAACUACCAACAUUUCGUCGUCUGCUACGUCGUCGGUUCGGCUGCCUUGAGUUUCGCCGUCUGCUAUCGUGUCGGACAACCGAGCAACCCUCGAACGCUUAACUUGAUUCAGUGGUCGCUGCAGUUGGUCGGUUUGACCUGCGUCUACUUUUCGUCUGACAGGAGCGACGUGAUGGCGGGCGUGGUAGUUGUGAUGGUGUCGACCUACCUGGUGCAGUUCUGGUCGCGCAGGCCUCCCGCCUCAAACGCCAACCGUUCGACACCUACCGUACUGUUGACACCUGCUGUCGAACAGGGCGCAACGCCGACAGAUUCGCCAAGAGCGUCGAGCUGCACACACUUCGGUGACGAUGGCAUGUGGACUAUAGUUACGAAGAUUCGGGCUCCCCAAGCUAAGAAAAUCGCGAUGUGUAUCCGUGCUGACGACGGCAUACGCUCGCCGAGACAAUGGGUGACGUUGUCGGAACGUGACAUGCUCGACAAUAGUGGGGACGAGUUUGACCAUUUCCUCGAGGAACCAAAUGUGGAUGAGCCCGACAACACAUAUUGAGUGCAGUCAUAACCUUGGCGGUUAUAUCUCUCACGAGUUGUGUAUCGGAGCGGUGCAUUGAUCUUAACACAACGUACUAGGCGAUCUGUUAACUUGAAUGCUCAAUAUUGCCGCGGCGGCCCGUUGUUCGGGACCCCUUUAGUUGAAAGUGCCGGUACAUGUCCCCCCCCCCCCCCCCCCCCCCCCGCAUACCUGACCACGUUUUCCCGAUAAAUUUCGUCACUGAUCUGCUUUGUUUAUACUGUACUUCAAUGGAAACAUGAAAAACUGGCUAACUGCAUAUUUAUUCUAUAAGCAAAUGAGUUUAAGGUUGUUGAGAAUCGGUGGUGUGUGUGAAAGUUUGUGGAAUGCAUACCCAAACAAAAACGUUUUAUGGUUGUAUCAUUUAUCAUUUGGAGCCAUCACUGAGGUGAGCAAGGUACUUCGACCUGGACAGUCUUUACAAAAGUCUCGGGGCAAAAUGCUUGUACAUCUCAAUCCCUUAUUGACCUUUUAUCCAAACACAGUGCAAAUUGUCAUAGGCAAAAAGUUGGGGCCUCGCAUGCAAACUCACUGGUAAUUGAUAGCAAGAACUGAAAAAGCUUGCAGAAUAGGGUAGCAGCAGCCUCUUUUUUCUUUUUCAGCAUCUAUGAUCUAUUGGGUCAAAUAGUCAGUCUUUCAAAAGGCGCCUGCUUUACACAUAAAACGCAUCUUCUGGCUAAUAUAUAAGCCUAACUUCCAUAGGCAAUUAUUGUGUGCCUCACUGAGACGCUGUAGGAUCAUUUAUUUCAUGUGCAGCGAGCCAGUUCUUUGUUUUAUUAUUAUGAACAACUUCAAAAGAUAACUUCACUUAUCACUGGUUUGUUUUCUAUUGAAGUUUGUACGAAAAUGUGAUUUUCAGUUCUGUCAUUCCAUAAAGCACUCGACACCUUUG